AUGCCUCCCGCACGAACGAAGAAGAGAGCUUCAGACGAAGUCGAAGAGCAGCCCACGAUGUCGCAAAAACAUAGAGUCCCUACAAAGGCUGGCACGCCUCCCCUUCUAAGCAGCAGUCCCAGCAAACGGCAAAGGCUCGGUAUCAGCUUAGAGCAGAAGCAGGCGAUUAUUGAUAACCUACAGUUGGAGAUCACCGAUCGCGCCAGGCGGCUUCGCGCACAAUAUAACCAGCAGGCACAAACACUUCGAUCACGUAUUCAGAUGCGCGUCAACCGCGUUCCCAGAUCCAUGCUCAAGAUGACUAUGUCCGACUUGGUUGCUAGAGCCAUCGAUCAGCAAAAGCGCCUUGAGGCAGCUUCGCGGCCACCACCUGUCCCUGAAAAGGACUUUCCUCCCCGGACGAGCCCACACAAGCUCGCACCGCCAGCGCGCUCUGCUAAGCGACUGAGCGAUGCUAUGGCAGGUGGAGACAAAGAAAACGAGCAGGUCCUCAAUCCCAAGAAGAAGCACCGUACUGCCCCAGCGCCUCUGAGCUCCUCUCAGAUACUGUCGCCAACCUCAUCAAACACUAGAUCGCUGGUACGCGAGCGACCGCCUUCCUCGCCAUCGAAGUCUUCCCAGAUCGCUCGGCCUACAUCAUCCCCCGCGAAGCAGCACACAAGUGCCCGAUCGGCGCUCUCGAGCAUGGUUGAGAAGGCUAAAAAGACUGGCCGCACAGCACCUUCGCGUCCUUUGAACGCCUCGACAACCAGUUCCAACGCAUCUGCACCUGCACCUGCUACAGGCACUGUGCCACCCACAAGGACGCGACGAGCCAACACGACAACGGCAACCAAAGCACCAUCGCGGCCUGGAACGCGAACGGGCAAACGAGUGAGCGACUCCAGCGAAGACAGCACAGGAACAGUUGUAAAGAAGACGAUAGCGUCGACUUCCGCGAAAAGAACUGUCAUGGGAACAAUCAGGAAGGGUGUUGGCGCGGCAACAACCAGGAAGCCGGCAGCGCCCAAGUCGGCACCAGCAUCUGCCGCGGGAACCACCAGAGUACUGCGGAAAAGAGGGUAG